AUGUUGCUACUGAUCCUUUUCACAUUUCUCACAGCAUUGAUGGGAGGCUUGUAUCUUUUGGGGGUGUUCAGACAGCGAAGACCUGGGGAGCCCCCUCUGGACAAGGGUCUCUUCCCUUGGCUGGGCCACGUCUUGGAGUUCCGCAGAGACACGGUGAAAUUCCUGCAGAGGAUGCAGAGGAAGCACGGUGAUGUGUUUACUAUCCAGUUAGGUGGCUUCUAUGUCACCUUUCUGCAGGACCCCUUGUCCUUUGGUCCGUUUGUCAAGGAGAGUCGGGAGAAGCUGGACUUCAACAAGUUUGCCAAGCACCUGGUGCACAGGGUCUUUGGCUACUGGUCGCCCAACAGCGAGCAUCACAUCCUGCAGCAAUCCAGCAAUAAGCACCUGAAGGGGGAUGGCUUGGAGGUCCUCACGCAGUCCAUGACAUUUAAUCUGAAGAACCUAAUGCUGUACAACCUCGGCAAAGAGAAGCAGGCUUGGACAGAAGAUGGCCUCUUUAUGUACUGCUACAAUAUCGUGUUCAGGGCGGGCUACCUGUCCCUGUAUGGCAAUGUUUCAGCAAAGUGUGAAGAUGAUGAGGAAAAGGCCAAAGAGAAAGACAGGGUGGAAUCAGAGGCCUUGUUCUACAAGUUCCGUAAGUACGACCAGCUCUUCCCGAAUCUGGCUUACGGUGUCCUACCCCCCAAGAAGAGACUUGAACUGCGUGGUCUCAUGGAUUACUUCUGGAACGUCUUGUCGGUUAGCAAGGUGAAGACCAAAGACAACAUCAGCGGCUGGGUGUGGGACAUGCAGCAGGUGCGAGAGGAGAUGGGCAUGGAUGAGGCAAUGAUUGACAGGUACAUGUUUCUCCUGCUUUGGGCCUCGCAAGGCAACACCGGCCCGUCUUCUUUCUGGCUGCUCCUCUACCUCAUGAAGCACCCGGAUGCUAUGGCAGCCGUCAAGUGUGAAGUGGACCGAAUCGUGCGUGAGUCAGGCCAGGAGGUCAGGCGAGACGGGCCUUUGCUGGACUUGACGCGUGACAUGCUGCUCAAGACCACCGUGCUGGACAGCGCAGUGGAGGAGACCCUGAGACUUACCGCUGCGCCCCUCCUUACCAGGGCUGUGCUUCAGGACAUGACACUGAAGAUGGCUGAUGGCCAAGAGUUUUUCAUCCGCAAGGGGGACAGGAUGGCGGUCUUCCCAUACACUGGUGUGCAAAUGGACCCAGGCAUCCACCCUGAUCCCACAGUCUUCAAAUAUGACCGUUUCCUCAACCCGGAUGGAAGCAGGAAGACAGAGUUUUACAAAGAAGGCAAGAAGGUGAAGUACUACACCAUGCCCUGGGGCGCCGGGGUGUCUAUUUGUCCAGGUCGCUUCUUUGCCACAAACGAGCUUAAGCAGUUCAUAUUCCUCAUGCUGGUUUACUUUGAGUUUGAGCUGCUAGAUCCGGAAAUUGAGAUCCCCAGCAUCGACGUCCGGCGAUGGGGCUUUGGAACCAUGCAACCUGUCAGAGAGGUUCCAUUCAGAUACAGACUUAGAUAUUAA